AUUCACCGGGCCAAGUUGAAUAUGAUUACUCGUCGUCUACUGCUUCUCGGCCCGUCGAAUCACAGUCGCUUUAAAUACAGACGCUGACACGAAAGCCCAUCACUCUACUCAGCCAUGUCAAAGACAGUAACCUCGUUUACCGCUCAGCUGGUCACAUUCACCACCCCUCUGCCCGUUUCAGAAGUUUUGCGCCGUCUCGACAAGGAAGUCCACAGGGAGCAAUCUGCUGGAUUGAUCCCCUUUCUCAAGUCUGACGUCUCUAAAGACGCUUUCGAAGAAGGGUUGAAAAGAAUGGCCAAUGGCAAUGAUUUCCUUUUCUUCCUCCAGUUCAAUCACUCCGUUUGGAUGAAAAUCUACCAUGAAAACGUCCCGACAGCGAUAGUAUACACUAUCGGAAAUCCGAUCAUCGCCGAAACGUUGAUGAAGCAUGACCUUCGAGCCUCCCUUAACAUUCCUCCUCGUCUUCUAAUCCUGGAAAAGGCGGAUGGUAGUGGGACGGAUAUCGUAUAUCACCUACCAUCCUCUGUGAUGGUGUUGGAGUAUAACACAGCCCUCAAAGCCGCUGCUCAAAUCCUCGACGACAAAGUAGAUCAGUUACUCACGAAGGUGACGGAAAUGUAGAGGUGGAGAUUGCAUACUGCGUCAAAGCUACUCUGAUCCAUACUGACAGAAUCUCGUAUACGGAGCUCUGCAAGGGAUCAUACAAGUAAUAGAUAAAUGCAAACGGCUAUCAUAGUUACUGGAUCAUUACGACUAUGAUUAGAGGCCUCAAGCAAUGGCAAGGCAUGAAGAUGAAAUAUAUAUAUGAGGCUGUAGGCAACUGAAACACCAAUGUUGAACAGCAUAUACAUGUUUCGAACUUCUCUCCCUACCCUAUUUCAGCCUCCGG